UUUUUAAAUUAUUUUAAAGGAAAAUAAUUUGAAAUUGCAAUGAUUUCUAUGAAUUACAAAAAAUUUUAUAAUUUUGAAGUUUCUCCACCUUUGAAUAUUUAUGUAAUUACAAAAAAUACUUGUAGAAUGUAUCAUUAAUCAUUAUAAGCUUUAAACAUGAAUUAAUGUGUGAUGAUAAAAGGAAAUCCAAAUACUGGAAAAAAUUCUGCUUUUGAAUCUUUAUGUAUUUUAUUAGCAUAACCUUAUUUUUUUUGGGAAUUUAACUCAGAUUAACCUUACUAAACUAUAAGUUAAAUAUUAAUUAAUGUUGCAAAUGGAGGUUUUUGGUUAUGUAUGAAUGGUUUGGAGUAAUGUGAGAAAGGAGUAUUAUCAAUAAUAGGAUAAAUAUUAUUUUCAAUGAGAAAGGCUAUUGUUUAUGAAUAAAAAAGUUUUUAGUUUGAAGGUAAGAGCUGGAAUGUUAAUAAUUCUUAUGGUAUUUUUUAGAUUUUUAAUGGAAAAGAUUUUAAAUUCGAAGAAAUGUCAAAAUGUGUAUUAGAAAAUUUCCGAAUUAUAAAUUUUAUUUAGGCUGAUUUAAAAGAUAUUGUUAAAUUGUAUUUCUACUUGUUUGGAUUUGGUAAAAAUUCGAAAGAGUUUUCAAUAAAAUUUUUGUUUUUUAUUUCAAAUAUCUGUAGUUCUUUUUAGAAUGGAAUAAGCGAAUUGGAAAAAGAAGGCUAAAACGAAUAAUUUAAGGAAAGAUUGAAGACUUUUAGUCGUAGUUAUAAAUAAAGUUAAGAAAAUAUAUUCACCUUUUCUUGUAUGAGUAAUUUAAAAUAAAUAAUGUCCAUUUUAAGGCUAUGUGUAUAAUUCUAAAUAGAAAAAAAUUAAGGAAAAACUUUCGAAAAUCCAAUUUAGUUAUUACAUUAAGGAGUAUAUUAUUAUUUUUUAUCGAGUUUAAAUACUUCUUAGCAUUCGCUUUUGAUGAAAAUCUUUGCGGGAAUUUUUAAUUUUUCAGAAAGUGUAAUUUUA